GUAAACAAUAAACAAAACAUAAACUAUAAAAAUGAGGGAUGAGAUGUAAAAAGAUUUAUAAACUACUAAAUUGAUUUAAUACACUGUUACUGGAAUCUUAUAUCUUUCUUAAUGUACUUCCUUUAAUGUAUUUCGAUUAAAUGCUCACACCAUUGUAACCAGACAAGUACUUAAACACAUAGUUUAUGUUUCAUGCUUGAUAUUUAAAGUAUCUACAUUUUUUUAAUAAUGAUUUCUAGGUUAUCCAUUAGAUUGAUUGAAAGACUCGGACUAUAUUCUAGCAAACAGCAUUUUGUUACUUCUGCUUUUUCAUUUAACAACAUAAAAAUGAAUAAAGAAAUGGCUGCUCACCAAGAAUCAUUGCCUAGGCUUCCAGUCCCACCUCUUCAAAAAUCAUUAGAAAAGUAUUUAUGGUCAGUUCGUCCAUUUCUCUCAGACGAAGAAUACCUUAAUACCUCAAGAAUAGUGAAAGAAUUUGGAGCACCUGGGGGCUUAGGUGAAAAGUUGCACGAAAAGCUGUCAGAAAAGGCCAGAACUACAGAAAAUUGGUUGUCAGACUGGUGGCUUGAUACAGCAUACAUGGAAUAUAGAAUGCCUGUUGUUGUAUAUUCUAGUCCCGGUUUAGUAAUGCCAAUUAAAGAAUUUGAUUCAGUUGAAAGACAAUUAAGGUUUUCUGCAAGAUUAUUGGCUGGAGCUUUAGACUUCAAAAGUUUAAUUGACAACCAAACUCUAAAAUUGGAAAAAAUGGGUGGGCAACCUCUUGAUAUGUCACAGUAUCUCAAAAUAUUUUCUACCUGCAGAGUUCCAAAUAUUCCUAAAGAUUCACUUGCAUUCUAUGGAAUGGAAAAAGAUAGGCCUAAGCAUAUUGUUGUUGUGCACAAUAAUCAUUAUUUUAGUGUUGAUGUGUAUGGAAAUGAUGGUAAACCUUUAAAUGAAAGCCAACUUUUAGCCCAGUUACAAAAAGUGAUUGAACAGUCUCAGUUUCCAAAACUACCUAUUGGUGCUCUUACAACACUUGAUAGAGAUAACUGGGCAAAAGCAUACAAAAGAUUAUGCAAGUAUGAUUCAAUGAAUAAGGAAUCUGUAAGAGUGAUACAAAAAGCAAUUUUAGUUUUAUGUCUGGACAAACCUGUAUCAGAUGCUGGAUUAUUAAAUAGGAAGACUCAUGUAGCUCUUCAGACUAUCCAUGGAGGAGGUGCUCAAGCAAAUGGUGGAAACAGAUGGUAUGAUAAAACUAUUCAGUUUAUUGUUGGAGCUGAUGGUGUUGUUGGUCUGACCUAUGAACAUAGUCCAGCUGAAGGUCCUCCUAUCACUCAAAUGAUGGAUCACGUCUAUGAUUAUAUUGAUAAAACCCGGGGAAAUAAAUGGUUACCUUCAAGUGCUGUGACUGAACCUACCAAGUUAAGAUUCAGGCUUUCCGAUGAAACUGUUCAAGAUAUUGAAGAAGCUGAAAAAGACCUAAAAAGCCUUGUUGAUGAUCUUGAGAUGUCAUGUUUUACUUUUGAAGCUUAUGGAAAAGAUUUUAUCAAAUCUCAGAAAUUGAGCCCUGACAGUUAUAUUCAAAUGGCUAUUCAGUUAGCAUAUUUCAAAAUACAUGGAGAAAUAGCAGCAACAUAUGAAUCAGCAUCCCUCCGCAAAUUCUUGCAUGGUAGAACUGAUGUCAUACGUUCUGCCUCCGUUGACAGCUUAAAAUUUUGUGAGGAAAUGGCUAAAAAAUCCUCAUUGCCUGCUGACAAAGUUUUAGCUUUAAGGACUGCUGUUGAAUCGCACAAGGAUUAUACAAAUCAAGCUGUUAAUGGUAUGGGUAUUGAUAGACUUCUUUUGGGUCUGAAAAAAAUUGCUUUGGAAUCUGGCAUGAAUGUUCCAGAUCUAUACAUGGAUGGUGGUUACACAACAAGUACUCAUUUCAAGUUGUCUACUAGUCAGGUUCCAUCUUCACUUGAUUCUUUUAUGUGUUAUGGUCCUUUAGUUCCUGAUGGUUAUGCUUGUUGUUACAAUCCAAGACCAUCCUUUAUCAAUUUUGGUUUAUCUGCCUGCAACAGCAGUCCAGCUACGCACUCCAGCAAUUUCAUGGCUGCUCUUACUGAAAGCCUUACUGAAAUGCAUGAUUGUCUUGUACAAACUCAAAAGUCAAAACUUUAAUCGUAAAAAUAAAGCUAAAUAUUGUUUUGAAUGUUAUAUAAAAACUGAACAUUUUAUAUUGCCAAUGAAAUGUUAGUUUGUAGAAUUAAAGAAACUUGGAUUAUUGGGUUAAGUCUAUAGAAGACUAGCAAAAGAAGUUCAUUUGUUAUUAUUUAUAAUUUAUUAAGUGUUUAUAUAUAUAUAAAUGAAUGAAUGAACCGAAACUUCAAAAUGCAUGAAAUUUAUAUUACUGAAAAAAAUUGAUAACUGUUUUGCUGAGCAUUUUUCUACAUGUAACAAAAAAUUUUAAACUUGUAUUUUUAUUACAAAUUGUAUUCCAGAAAUAUUUUUUCUUAUUGAGAACUGAUAUUAGUUACUUGUUAUUUAACUUAUGCUUGUAAGAUUUAGAAGAUAGGAUGGCAUCAAAACAAAACACAAUCACAACAAAGGUACUAACUUCUUAAUUUUAUUAUAAUAUGUUAAAAAAAUUUUAAUGAACCGUUUAUUUAUUUUGUCUUCUUAGUAUUCCCAUAUAAUAACUGAUGACACAGACUCCUUAUGUACUUUCUAGAAUGUGUUAACAUAUCUCCAUGGGAUGGUUUGCUAACCACAAUUUGUAAAAAUUUGUUUACAACUUAUUAAAUUUCACAAAUAUGAAAUU